GUAAAAUCGUAGCAAAAUCCAGCACGACACGGUGGACAUUGUGCUGCAACCGACUGUUUUGUUGUGAGGCAGCAAACAGACAUCCGAGAACAUCAGGAUGAGCUCAUUCAAGCGAGAUAACAAGGAGGACGAUGAUGGAGGAAUUCCACUGCAAAAUUUGGAGAAAACGGCGGUGCUGCAAGAGACACGAAUGUUCAACGAAACACCGGUGAACGCCCGAAAAUGUACACACAUUCUUACCAAGAUUCUGUAUCUCAUCAAUCAGGGCGAGGUGCUAGGAACACGAGAGGCAACAGAAUGCUUCUUCGCGAUGACGAAACUGUUCCAAUCGAAAGAUGUCGUCAUGCGCCGGAUGGUGUAUCUGGGCAUCAAAGAGCUCAGCUCCAUCGCGGACGACGUAAUCAUCGUGACGAGCUCGCUGACAAAGGAUAUGACCGGCAAGGAGGAUUUGUACCGUGCUCCAGCUAUCCGGGCGCUGUGCAGCAUCACCGAUACCACGAUGCUGCAGGCCGUGGAGCGCUACAUGAAGCAGUGCAUCGUGGACCGGAAUCCAUCCGUUUCGAGCGCCGCCCUGGUCAGCUCACUGCAUCUAGCAAGCACGGCCGGCGAUGUGGUGAAGCGCUGGGCCAACGAAGCGCAGGAGGCGCUGAACAGUGACAACAUUAUGGUGCAAUAUCACGGGCUCGGCCUACUGUAUCACAUCCGCAAGGCAGACCGGCUCGCAGUGACCAAGCUGGUGAACAAGCUGACACGCCAGAACCUGAGGAGCCCGUACGCGACCUGCUUCCUGAUUCGCAUCGCGUGCAAAAUCAUGGAGGAUGAAGCUGCGUCCGGUAAUACCACCGAAGAAUCGCCGCUGUUCCACUUUGUCGAGUGCUGUCUGCGCAAUAAGUCGGAAAUGGUGGUGUACGAAGCGGCCCACGCUGUUGUCAAUCUGAAGCGCACCAAUCCACGGGAGCUGUCCACGGCCGUGAGCAUCCUGCAGCUGUUCUGUGGCUCCUCGAAGGCUACGCUACGUUUCGCAGCCGUGCGCACGAUGAACAAAGUGGCUACGCUGCAUCCGCCGGCCGUUAAUGUGUGCAAUCUCGAUUUGGAAAACUUGAUUUCGGACUCCAACCGCUCGGUGGCGACGCUCGCCAUCACCACGCUACUCAAGACCGGUGCUGAGAGCUCGGUCGAGCGUCUCAUGAAGCAGAUCGCAACGUUUGUGGCGGAAAUUUCGGAUGAGUUUAAGCUGGUCGUGGUGCAGGCGAUACGAGCCCUGUGCACCAAGUUCCCCCGCAAGCACGCCGUUACGAUGAACUUCCUCAGCGGUAUGCUUCGUGAGGAAGGUGGCCUCGAGUAUAAGACGGCCAUCGUCGAUACGAUUAUUCUGAUCAUCGAAGAAAAUCCGGACGCCAAAGAGUCAGGUUUGGCGCAUCUGUGCGAGUUCAUUGAGGACUGUGAGCACACAUCGCUCGGCGUGCGGAUUCUACACCUGCUCGGUAAGGAGGGUCCUUACUCAAAGUGUCCCUCGCGCUACAUUCGCUUCAUCUACAACCGCGUCAUUCUGGAGAACGCAACGGUGCGGGCAGCCGCCGUGGCUGCGAUCGCCCAAUUCGGUGCAAUUUGUCCCGACCUUCUCCCGAACGUGCUGGUGCUGUUGAACCGUUGCCAGAUGGAUUGCGACGAUGAGGUGCGCGAUCGUGCCACGUACUACCAUUCCAUACUGACGCGCACGAACGCGGACCUCAACAAGCGAUUCAUUUCGGACCGUGAGAUCGUAUCGUUGCCGCUGUUGGAAAAAUCGCUCAACGAUCAUCUGAAGGGUCCACUGACGGAACGGUUCGAUCUGGCCGUCGUUCCCAAGUCGCAGGUGGUUCAACCGGAAGUCAACGAGGAAGUGAUCAUGAACAAGGGUACGCUCUCCAGUCAUGGAUCCUUACGGGACCAAUUAAUUAUUCAUGUUCAUGUUUUUAUUUUUCUAGCAGCACCGAAAAUUGUGCGCGUUAACCGCGAAGAGGUUAACACGGAGAAACUGCUCGCGAUUCCGGGCAUUCAUCAAGCCGGCACUCUGCACAAAUCAUGCGCCCCGGUGCAGCUUACCGAGAGCGAAACGGAGUACACGGUGUCCUGCAUUAAGCACUGCUUUGCGCAACAUGUCGUGUUUCAGUUUGAUUGCGUUAACACAUUGUCGGAUCAGUUGCUUGAAAAUGUACGCGUAGAUCUGGAGCUGCCCGAAGGGUUCGUCUCGCGAGCGGUCAUACCGUGCGCGAAGCUGCCUUAUGGCGAAAAGGAAUCCACCUACGUUAUCGUACAGUUCCCGGAAGAUGUGCCCAGUUCAAUUGCUACAUUGGGCGCAACGUUGCGCUUUAUGGUGAAGGAUUGUGAUCCGACCACCGGGCAACCAGAUUCGGACGAAGGCUACAACGACGAGUACAUCCUCGAAGACAUCGAAAUCACCGUGGCGGAUCAGAUACAAAAGUCGAAAAAACAAAACUUCCUUGCCGCCUGGGAGAGUGCCGAUACGGAAGAAUGGGUCGAAGCGGAAGACACGUUCGAGCUGUCGUCGGUGAGCAGUCUGCAGGAAGCGGUCAAUACCAUCCUCAAGUUCCUCGGGCUGGCACCAGCAAACCUGUCGGAAAAUGUGCCGGACGGUGCCCACACUCACACGUUACUAUGUUCCGGCACUUUCCGAGGAAAUGUCGAGGUGUUGGUCCGUUCGAAGUUGGCCGUUUCCGAUGGUGUCACGAUGCAGCUGACGGUGCGAUCGACGGACAUGGAAGUAGCGGAAUUGAUCACCUCAGCCGUAGGUUAGGCCGUACUAAAAACUGAGAAAGCGACGAUAGAGCUUGUUGGCUUGUGGGUGGACGGUUCGUGUGUCACUUGUUGUGUCCUUUCCGUGCACUAGGAGGGACGUUCCAUUAGCAACACAUUAACACAUAGACACACACACGGUUAAACCCAUACGCAACAUAUAGAAACACAACACUAGCGGGCAGAAUGUUGAUGCUGUUAUCAGUUAAGGAGAAUUAUGUAAAAGCGGGUCAUAUGCAGCCCGUUCCAUUCCGCGCGUCUUCUCCACAUCUCUUCACAACCCUUGAAACACGCUUGUAAAGCACGGAGGAAGCAUUCAUCACUUGCCGCUGUUGCCCCAUUUUUGUUUCCGAACGUUGGUGUGCGUACCGUUACCUUCCCAGCGAUUCUGGAUGGGGAGUUUAUUUUGCACCUUCUAUUAGAAAAAAAAAACAAAACAAAUCGAACAGCCGGUUUGGGGGAUAGCGAAUGCCUUCCAUUGUUCCAUUGCCUUGGGGUGUUAGCCUUGGCCAGCCCGUUAAAGGGGAACCCCGCGGAAUAUAUCUAUUAUAUAUCUUUACGUUACUUAUAGCGACCAUACACACAUUAUAUGGAAGGGAUCGUUUUAGCGGGUUUCGCAGUAGCUUAUAGCAGUUUAUCCUUCCCUUCUCUCUCUGGGCACCCUCAAACCCUCUACAGCUCAAUAUUUCCAGCCGUUCCUGCAACUACUAUUCCAACAUGCAAUUCAAAACUUGGUAGAGCAAAGUAAAGCAAACGUGUUACAAGAUAAACGGCAGAUAAGCACUUUUUAAAAAUUUCAGUUCUUUAUUCACUGCAUGUUCUGGAAGAGUCCUAGCGAAAAAAAAACCUUUUCACCACUUUGCUCGCCCUCUCCAAAAAACAA